AUGUGGAGUAUAGCAAAAUUAUGUCGCGUUUCAUAUCCAAUCCGAUCAGUAUCAAACAAGAUAAUUCAUAACGCUGGACCCCAGAUAAUAAGGAAGGAGCUUCUAACCCCUGCACACUGUACAAGAAUUGGUUUGAGAAAUAAAAAUAGCUUAAGGAUAAGUCAAGUGAUCAAGUCAAAUGGAAUUGUUGCACGCUUCUGCUCAAGUGGACCAAAGCCAAAAUCAUCAAAGGCUGUCGGAUACUGGCUGCUUGGUUGCAGUGGAAUGGUGUUUACUGCUGUGGUGCUAGGUGGGGUCACACGGUUGACUGAAUCCGGAUUAUCUAUGGUCACAUGGAAGCUACUCGGUGAGAAAAUGCCAACCACUGAAGAGGAAUGGCAGCAAGAGUUUGCGAAAUAUCAACAGUAUCCCGAGUAUAAAUACAAGAACCAGCACAUAACCCUGUCGGAGUUCAAGUGGAUCUGGUGGAUGGAGUUCGCGCACCGCACGUGGGGUCGCGCUAUAGGCGCCGCAGUGUUUUUGCCAGCUGCCUUCUUCUGGGCAAGAGGAUAUCUGGACCGCGGCAUGAAGAUCCGAGUGGCAGUUUACUGCACCCUCGUAGCCGCACAGGGCUUGAUGGGCUGGUAUAUGGUGAAAUCGGGCUUAGAGGACCGGUUCCAGGGCCCAUCGGAUGUACCUAGGGUAUCUCAGUACAGAUUAGCAGCGCAUUUAAGUCUGGCUUUCAUUCUGUACUCGGGUUUGAUAGCCGGUGCUUUGCGGAUACUUCGUCCCUUCCCGGUAGCAGCCACUUUCCAGAAAAUCAAGGAGUUAAAGAGCGUAACAGCGCUUGCCCACACUGUGAAAGCGAUGGCCUUCUUUACCGCUGUUUCAGGUGCAUUCGUAGCCGGCCUUGACGCCGGGCUAGUGUACAACUCGUUCCCCAAAAUGGGCGAGCAGUGGAUCCCGGACGAUAUCCUGGCAUUCAGCCCCACUGCCCGCAACUUCACGGAGAACCCCACCACGGUGCAGUUCGAUCACCGGGUGCUGGGAACCUGUACCCUGGCGGCUGCCAGUGCUCUGUGGCUGGUGGCUCGUCGCCGUCCAUUGGCACCGGCUGCCAGACGUGUUGCCAACGCCGUAGCUGCCAUGGCCUGGCUGCAGGUGGGCCUGGGCAUAUCGACGCUGCUGAGCUACGUGCCCACGCCGCUGGCCGCGAGCCACCAGUCUGGCUCCCUCGUGCUGCUGACCCUCGCCAUCUGGCUCACACACGAGAUCAAACUGCUCAAGUAUAUUCCCAAAUAA